AUGGAACUCGUUUGCCGCAAUUACCAUUCAACUGAUGUUUUCAGUUUUUCACUAUAUCUAUCUAUCUAUCUAUCUAUCUAUCUAUCUAUCUAUAUAUAUAUAUAUAUAUAUAUAACAUAUUACAAAAUAUUCUCAUAUCAUUCUCUCACUCUCUUGGUUGGGCAUCGAUCGAUCUAUCUAUCUAUUAAUAUAUCUAUCUAUCUACCUAUCUCUCUAUUAAGCCGUUCAUAUCUAUCUAUCUAUCUAUCUAUCUAUCUAUCUAUUAAGCCGUUCAUAUUUGUCUAUCUAUCUAUCUAUCUAUCUAUCUAUCUAUCUAUCUAUCUAUCUAUUUAUCUAUUAAGCCGUUCAUAUCUAUCUAUCUAUCUAUCUAUCUAUCUAUCUAUCUAUCUAUCAAGCCGUUCAUAUCUAUCUAUCUAUCUAUCAAGCCGUUCAUAUCUAUCUAUCUAUCAAACCGUUCAUAUCUAUCUAUCUAUCUAUCUAUCUAUCUAUCUAUCUAUCUAUCUAUCUAUAUGCCUCAUGUGCUCAUAUCUAUCUAUCUAUCUAUCUAUCUAUCUAUCUAUCUAUCUAUCUAUCUAUCUAUCUAUCUAUCUUAGUCUUUUUCUAUUCAUAUCUCUCUCUCUCUCUCUCUCUCUAUCUAUCUAUCUAUCUAUCUAUCUAUCUAUCUAUCUCAGUCUUUUCGUAUACAUGUAUGUAUCUAUCUAUUUAUCUGGUAAUAAUAAUGUAAAUAAUCUAUCUAUCUAUCUAUCUAUCUAUCUAUCUAUCUAUCUGGGCAUAUAUGUCUCAGUCUGUUUAUCUCUGAAUUUGCCUGUAAUAUCUAUCUAUCUAUCUAUCUAUCUAUCUAUCUAUCUAUCUAUCUAUCUUCAAUAUAUUCAUGUCUAUCUACCUACCUAUAUUCAGUUUAUUCAUAUCUAUCCAUCCAUUUAUCUAUCUAUCUAUCUAUCUAUCUAUCUAUCUAUCUAUCUAUAUAUAUAUAUAUAUAUAUAUAUAUAUAUAUAUAUAUUUAAAUAUUUAAACAGUUUUGAUACAAUUUAUCAUAAAAUAUAA